CACCUUCCCCAGAUUGAGCGCAGCAUGCAUCCCGCCUGCCGUCAUCGAACCAGCUCGAACUUAUUCAAUCACCUAAUCAGCGUACAUUUGCACCAUCCUCCAUCACUUGUCUCUCGCUACACUUGGACCUUGCUGAACAUCCCUUUGAAACCAAAGCAUAAAUAAAGCAACAAGAAUCACAACAGCAGAAACUGAAAACAAGAUGGCGGUUUUCUCGCUCCCGUCCGGACGGACCAUCUCGUACGAGCUCACUUACUCCAAUGAACCCACCCGACCCACCGUCCUCCUCUCCAACUCGCUCGCCUCCCAAUACCACUUUUGGGACCACAUCGUAGAACGCCUCCACAACGCCGGAUACCGCGUUCUGCGUUAUGAUCACCCCGGCCACGGCGCCUCUGGCGUGCCCGACAAUCUCUCAUCCACCACUUUUGCCUCUCUUGCCGAAGACGUCUACGCCCUUCUAACCAGCCCAGACGUCGCCACUGCCUUCCACGGCCACCACUCCCCAGAUGCCGCUUUUACCCCUUCACUACACGCCUGGAUCGGCGUCUCCAUGGGUGCUGCUCUUGGCGUCGUCUUUAGCAGUCGCUACCCUGGCGUCGUCCAGAGACUCGUCAUCUGCGACACCAUCUCUGCUUCACCCAAGAACGCCGGCGUGUCUGAUGCGUUAGGACCCCGUGUGGCUGCCGCCAGAGAGCACGGAUCUAUGGAGAAGGCCGUGGUCGAGACUAUGGACCGCUGGUUUGGACAAGACUGGAUCAAGGCCAACCCAGCCGAGGCGGAGCGUGUGCACUUAUUGAUGAAGCAGACCAGCCUGGAUGGCUUCGAGACCUGUAUUGCCGCCCUUAGGUCGGAUUCGUUCGAUAUACGACCCUUGAUAUCUGGGCUUGGAAACUGUGUCCAGCGUGUGCUAUUUGUGGUUGGCGAGAAGGAUGCCGAUCUACCCGAGAAGAUGAAGGAGCAGCGGGAUGCUUGCCCGGAAAACCUGAAAGCCGAACUUAAGGUCAUCCCAAAUGCCGGGCAUGUGUCCUUUAUUGAUGGGAAGGAGGACUUUUUGAAGGCUGUGAUGCCAUUCUUGGGCGAGAACUAGAGGGUCACUGCCGGACAGUGGGAACACCUGGUGCUAAUGGCGGCUGUAAUGACUCGAGUUUGGUGAUAGAACGGUGAUAGCGCUGGACUUCCCAAAAUCCGAACCACCAUGUUACUCCGGCAUCACACUUUUGAGCAAAGUGGAAAGGCUGACGACGAGCAUAUGAUACAGAUUUAGAGAUAGCAUAGAAACGACAGAGCUACUUGAAUUACUCUACGGAACCCAUCAUAAGGCGCAUUGUCAGAAGCCCUCCUUUCAUUCCAGUUCAUUGGCUGAAGCCGAGUCUUUGUCUCUUCUUUUUUCUUUCGUUUCUGCUUGACAACCCGCGUGGAAGUUCUCCAUGUUCCGCGUGGCGCACCUUUCAAAAAAAAAAAAAAAAAAAAAAAAAAUAUCGAGACAAAGAACACACUCGAGCAGCGAGGUCUAUUUCUGUUGGACAUGCGCCAUCCCAAAGCUUCUUUGAUCUCUACCCAUUAUGCAACCUGGAAGCUCACCAGAAGAACAUCAUAUAAUCAAUAUUCCGGACGUUCUGACUCUGGAAUCCUUAUGUUGUCAGCUCCACGCUACCUGUUAGAAAUCCGAGCGCCCUCCUCCAACCUUUUUUCACUGCAUCCCCGGUUUUCAUCGCAUCUGGCUAUAGUCUGAUUUUUAGUCAUGCCAUUACCAACAGGCUGGAUACUGUAGUUAUUUUUGCUCCUCCGAUUUGUCUAUCUACUGUUUAUUGUUUCUGUUGGUCAAUACAAUUCAACAGCCCAUUCUGCAGAACACUUGAAGAAAACGCUUCUUUCCGCGCUUUCAACCAACAAGCUCGCCAAUCCUCUUUCUAUUCCUUAUAGACC